ACCUCGUUCAUGCAGGAGCAUCACAUCCUCGACAAAGCCGCCUCUGUUCUGACUGCCGGUCGGAUGGCCACUGGUGAAGAUGUGAAUCAUUCUGGCAGCCAAGCCCCACCAAAUAGGCAGCUUAGAUGUGAUGGACAUUUGCCUCCUGGCAGCAUUUUCUUCGCUGACCCACAGGCCUAG